AUGACAGAUCUAGCCACCCAACGUGUCUCCUUGGACCUAACACAUGUACUCUAUGAUCCUUCUUCAGACACUUCAUUAGUACUUGCAUUGGUGACGCUGAGUCCAAUCCUUCUCAUGCCUGCAUAUGCAGUACUCGCAGUAUAUACCCGUGAAUUGACCAUCAUCAACAUGUGGGCAGGACAACUCCUUUCAGAGGGUUUGAAUUUGGUGCUAAAGCACACUUUCAAACAAGAGCGUCCAGUUGGUAGCCAGCUUCACCUUAAUGGUUAUGGCUUUCCCUCGUCACACAGCCAGUACAUGGGCUAUUUUUCUGCAUUCCUGAUCUGCCACAUGUAUUUUCGACACCGCUUUGCAUCCACAGGAUCCAUCGUGCUCGAUCAGCUUUUCCGAAUAGUUGUCUACCUUGGACUAGCUGCGUGGUGUGCCAUCGUUGCCUAUUCAAGACUCAACUUGCUGUACCAUACGCCCCAUCAAGUUAAAUGGGGCCUUGUGAUUGGCUUGGUAUUAGGUGUUUCACAUUAUGUGUGUACCGAACUACUUUCAGCUAAAUUUCCGGACUCUGUGUUUGGACGAAUCCGAUUUGCCAUAGUAAAUCACCCGAUAAGCGUGUGGCUACAGCUAAGGGAUGGCUGGGGGGUCUGGGCGGAUGGUGGGAGAGAAGCUGAGUGGAAGCAAUGGAGAACUGAAUGGCUGAAGCAGCAUCCACGUCUAGCAGGGAAGAAAAAGAAAUGA